CUAAUUUCUUGAACACCACUUAAAAAAACUAAAACUAAAAAGAAAAAAUAAAAUUUCCAACAUUAAAGGCUCCAAAAACAUAAUAGAAGAGAGCGUGCAUCCAUAAAUAAAUUCUGUUACAAGACUUCUUUCUUCCCACCAUUUUUAAUCCUAAUUCCUAGCAGCUCUCAAACCAUUAUUUUCUUUUAAAAAAACAGAAAAAGCUGGGCAAGGUGGAUUUUGGUAAUUUCUGAAAUCAAUAAUUAAGCCGAUCACUUUCAGGAAUUUCAAUGAUUGAAUUUCAUAGUUUUUCUGGUGGCACAUAUUUGUAAUUGGAGGAGCUCAUCAAUGGCAGAAGGCAAUUACUAGCAACUUCCAAUGGAAAAAACAACAGUAGUCCCUGAUUAACUGCGAAUUGAGCGAUGAAAAAUAUACCAGGGUCCAUUGGAACUUGCGGUAGUCUAGCUUUGAGACUGGGCCAAGCCAUCUCCUCGGCAUCAUCGAUUUUAUUCAUGUCUUUGGGAGUUGGGUUCUACAGUUAUACAGCCUUCUGGUAAUUAUUCUCCAAUCUCCAAUACUCUAAUUCUGAUCCAUGUAUAUCUAUACCUGCACUGUGAAAGGACAUAAAUACAACUAAUUCCCCAACAGUUUGGCCUAAUAAUGAAUAAUCUUUUAAGAUUACGAAAUUGGAGAACGAAGGAAGCACACACAGACACACACAAACCAACAAAAGCAACAAAAAGCUCAAGUACUGCUAUAUCUAAUUGAAGUACGAGUUAAUUUUGCAAUAUGCCUCCCUCCUUUGGAGCAUCUUUUGUAAAAGAGAAGUGAAAGCUUCCACUUCAGACAGUUUAAUUAGUCCAUUGAUUAUCAAAUAACAAAAGUUCAUAUAAGGUUGCAAUUUUGGACUGAGCCAUAAAGGGCAGUUAUCAUCAUGUACUUGUGCUGACUCACAUGUUUAGUAUGACGAAUGCACUAAAUUAGUUUCCAUUUUCAUAUCGCAGUUUUUUGGUGACAAUAAUGGGCUUAGUCAUUCCAUGGAGCUUCACCUUGGCCAUACUUGACGGGUAUUCCAUUGUGACUAAGUUCCCCGUGCAUCAAUCAGGAAUAAUGCAGAUCAUCAUUUUAGGGGACUCGGUGUUAUCAAUUCUCACACUAGCAGCAGCAAGCUCAAGUGCAAGCAUAGUUGACAUUCUGAUCAAAGCUGAUGUCUCCUUUUGCCCUAAAAAACUGUGUCGUAAUUAUCAGAUUUCAGCUGCAACUGCAUUCUCAUCGUGGUUGCUUGUGCUGACCUCAUCACUUUCCAAUCUCUGGCUUCUCCCCUCGUUAGACAUUGACCACUGAAAUUUAACCUAGUCACAGAAAUACAAUUACUCAUUCAAAAUUAUGAAAACCUCGUUGAUAUUUGUCGAUUAUAUAAACUGCACCAACAACUCUUUCUGUUUCUUUUCUUC